AUGAGCACAGUCCAGGACUCGAUGAUCUUCGGGAAUAUCCUCUCCACCCCAGAGUCUGCAGCAAUUUGGUCUGACAAAACGCGAACGCAGUGUUAUCUGGCAUUUGAGGGUGCCUUGGCGAAAUCUCAGGCGCGGCUGGGAAUAAUACCACAAAAGGCAGCCGAUGAGAUUAUUCACUUCUGCCUGGAUGUCCGAAAUGUCGAUUUCGAGGAUUUACGACAGCAGACCGAAUUGAUUGGGUAUCCAGUCCUGGGACUGGUGAAACAGCUGGUCAAGCAUGUCAACGAGAUUGAGCCUGGGCUGGGUGAAUGGGCUCACUGGGGUGCGACAACUCAGGACGUCACUGAUACUGCAACCGUCAUCCAAUUGUGGGACACGUUGAGUCUGUUUGAGAAAUCUCUCCAUGGAAUCAUUUCCUCUCUGCGUUUUUUGGCAGAGCGGCAUCGGUCGACACCUAUGGCGGCAAGAUCCAAUUUGCAACAAGCUGUCCCCAUAUCGUUCGGUUUCAAGCUGGCCCGGUUGCUGGCCACGUUUCUGAGACACCAAGAAAGACUCAAGGACGUUGAACAUCGCCUGACGGUGCUCGAGUUCUCGGGGGCUGCCGGCACUUUAGCAACGUUGCCACCCUCAGAAGAUCAUCCGAACCUGGGUCUGGAAUGCCAGAAAGAACUUGCCAAAGACCUCAACUUGAAAGUUCCAGACAUAGCCUGGCACACGGAAAGGGACCGAAUCGCGGAUUAUGGAGCAUUGUGUGCCAUGCUCACAAGCACUUGCGCCAAAUUUGCUCUCGAUGUGAAGCUUAUGAACCAAACCGAAGUGGGAGAAGUCUCCGAACCAUUUUUGCCUCAUCGAGGGUCUAGCAGCACCAUGCCGCAGAAGCGAAACCCUAUAUCAUGUGCCUACAUAACCGCGAUGGCCAGCACCGUUCGGCAAUUGAGCACGAGUCUAUUCGAGGCAAUGGUCGAAGAUCACGAGCGAAGUACCGGUCCAUGGGAGAUUGAAUGGAUUGUCCUGCCACAGAUAUCGACUCUCACCCAUGCGACACUAAAACAGACUGCAGAAUUGAUCGCUGGCCUUGAAGUACAUGAGGAUGCAAUGAAGAAGAAUAUGGAUAUAUCUAAAGGUGCAAUCGUGUCUGAAGCCGUGAUGAUGGGACUGGGGAAGACCCUGGGCCGGCAGUAUGCCCACGACAUUGUCUACGACCUGUGCCGGAAGUCACAUGAGGAAAGCCGACAGCUGUUGGAUCUUCUCUGUGAACACGAUGAGAUCAAGAGCAAGCUAAGUAGGGACGAGCUGGAGAAAUUGUGCAACCCUGCGAACUACCUCGGAUAUAGUGAGGUGAUGGUCGAUCGAGUGCUCAAGCUCGCUGAUGAGCCUCGAAAACCGAGGAGAGCGAGUUUGGUAUGA